CAGCGGGCGGCUGCUGCUGCCGCCUCGAGACACUCCCGGGCGAGAGGAGCGCACAGCGGCAAGGAGAAUAGUUCUAGUGAGAUGAAGAUGAUGAUGGUGGCGGUGGUGGUGCCGAGGGGAUUGUUGUUGCUGCCUGGCGGCCUGUGUGUCGCCUGCUUCCUCGGUCUCGCCGCCUGCGCAGGUGCAGAGAACGACCCAGCAGCAGCAGGAGCAGCAGGAGGAGGCGAUGCUGAAAGUGUGGCCGCCUUUGUCUCUCUCAACCACAACAACCACAACAACAACCACGACCACAACGACAACGACGACCACGUGCGCUUCAUGCGGGCGCUGUUCCGGCGGGAGGUGGACGCGCACGGGAGGCCGCGGGGCGGUCCCAGCGCCCUCCCCGGCAACACGGCGAGACUCGUGACGCCCGCACGCAACAGCCCAGCCCUGGGGGACAUCGCGGGCACAGCCGAGGUGGUGACCUUUGACCUGCGUGUGGUGCCGCGCGGGGAGCUGCUGCAGCGCGCGGUCCUCGUCUACCCUGGGGACGGCCACGCCCCCUGCUCCCUGCGGGUGUUGCCGGGGAGUUCCGUCGGAGCGGACCACGGGGCCUCGGAGCCCGCGGACGACCCGGAGCCCAGCGGUGACCCCAACCUGGAGCCAAACUCAAACCCCGAGACGGUGCCAAGCCCCGGCUGGAGCCCUCGACCGACACCCAAACCUGAGCUGGACUCCGACCCAGACCUUGCGCAGAGCCUCAACGGGGACCCCGUCUCGGACGACCCCGAGCCGGAGGCUCCCGCGACGACGACGACGACGACGACGACGAGGGUGUCGCUGGGUGGCGAGUGGUUCCAGGUGGACGUCACGGGGCCCGUGUCGCGCCUCUUGGGCCACCCUGCCGCCUCUCUCUGCGCCCCUCGUCGCGCCGCCGUGACGCCGUUUCUCCUCCUCUACUCGGACGACGUCCUGCCGGCGGCGACGACGACGACGGCCCCCCGCCGCCUUGAAGCGGAGCUCCGGAAGCGGGCCCUGGGGGUGCGACGAGGGCCUCCGGUGGGCCCCGUGCCCCUCCGGGAGAGCGAGGAGGAGGCGCCGCCGCAGGGUGGCGCGCUCGCGCCCAAGGGGCUCGACCCCAGCUCCUGCGGAACUUCAAGCGGCUGCAGCGGCAGCAACUGCGGCUGGCAGCAGUUGCGGCAGCGGCAGGAGCAGGAGCGGCAGCAGCAGCAGGAACAGCAGCAGGAGCGGCCGUCGGCGCGCCACUACUUGGGCGCCUACUCCAACGGCUGCCGCCUGCGCAACCUGACGAUCAACUUCGCCGACCUGGGCUGGGAGCGGUGGGUGUUUGAGCCGCGAAGCUACGAGGCGGGCGACUGCCGCGGGGGCUGUCCCCGCGGCCUCCUCCUGCAAGCCCCGGGAGAGCCCAACCACGCGGCGGUGCGCGCCACCGUGGAGGAGGUCCGCCCGGAGCUGGGCGUGGGGCGGGCCGCCUGCGUGCCCUCUCGCUACGGCGCCAUCGGCAUGCUCGUGUGGGAGCCCCACGGCGGCAUCGUCUACAAGCUGUACAUGGGCAUGGUCGCGCUCGCAUGCACGUGCCGGUGA